CUUUUAACUAUAUGUCUUUGGAGAGCAGAACAGAGCUCCGUAUUUUGCGUAGUAUGCAUUUUGGGCGAGUGUUAAAUUAUGCGAGCUUUCGCGGGUCCGUUUGACGCGGUUGGCUUUGUGAUAGUACACGAGUAUUUUUCGCUGAUAAUGUCGUGUUUCGAUCGUGCUAUCUUUAGAGUUUAGAAAUUUUGGGUAGGGCGUGCAUCCCACACUUGUUUAUACUCAUUAUUGUUUAAUGACAGAAAAGUCAAGGCGUCGAAGAGUUAUGCUUGUUGAGACAUAUGAUUCUUCGUGCAUUUUAGUGAGAAUAGUAAGCAUUUUUUAAAACUCCUUAAGUGCAUGUAAAUUAAAAAAAAUUUAAUAAGUCUAUUUAGGAUACCAAAAUGAUACAUCUGGAAAAAACUCUGUACUUCGAGAAUGGUGAAACAGAUGAUUUGUUCCUUCACAAUCUCAUAGUUAAUUCUCUGAGCGACACAGGCGAAUACAUCAGAACUAUUGAGAAUCAUCUUGAUAAAAGUGACGAAAACAAUAUAAAUGAGCAGAAUAGGAGAGGCUGUACAGCUUUGCACAUAGCCGUAGUAAUAAGUAACGUUCAAGCCAUUGAAGCUCUUUUGACAUGCGGCGCUGAUAUUAAUGUCGCUGAUAAUUCUGGCAAAACUCCUUUUACGUAUUGCCUCAUGAACUAUGACAGGAGACUAUACAAGUGCAAUCAAAUGUUUUUCACUUUUAUGGCUCAGGCCUACAAGCUUCAACUCUUGAAGCUCACUAUUACACCAGAAAAUGUUCGCUGCUACCAAAAAGCACAGGAGACUUAUCAGUUUCAUGAUAAAACGUACAUGGCAGAAUACAAUGCAGAGCUGGAUAAAAUGGAAGAUGUGCCAGUAGGUAAUGACGGCACGACUUUGCGCAACUUUUUGUAUCACGGUCCUCGUAUUAUUGACAAAUCAACCGUAAAAAGACGCGCUGUUGAAGAAAUAGUUACGACUAGGGAUUUUUAUAAGGAGUUUCCAAAAUUAGGUUGCUUAGUUAAAUUGCAAUACAGACUAGGUGUUGCAAGGAGAAACGCCAUUGACAAAUCUAAAUGGAUUUUACUCGAAUUGGUAAAAUAUGCAUUGCCCGAGUUAUGCAUUGAGAAUAUUAUUAAUUUUUUAGAUACCGAUGAUCUCUCAAAUGUUAUCAAAACUGUUGAAUAAUUUAUUAUGAAUAAAUUUUAUUAAAAAAAAAUCAAGAACAA